AUGGCAACGGGAGACCAGCAACACAGCGAAUCAGCGAGUCAGAAUGACAACCCUACGAUACGGCAAAUGGCGGAGACAAUCAAGAAACUACAAGCUGACGUGAAUGCCCAACAGGAAGCAUGGAGAACUGAGAGGGAUACGCUCCACUCCCAAACCCAGGCUCUACAAAGAGAGCUCACGACAGUUAAAUCCAAAUCAAACCCCAUAUCGAAGGGAAGCCUGAAAAGCGUGGCCAGACGGUUGAACAUGGACGAUGAUGGAGAGGAGGAGUACGACGAGAAGAUCGAGGUGGAGAACCCUGAAGAGGGGAAUCCAGAAAUCAACGACGAGGACCACGACGAAAGGGGUGACAAGGGUCAUGACAGUGGACAAGGACGAAACGAGGGGAACAAAAAGAAGAAAAAGACACGUAGAUCUUCCAAAUCACGUAGUCAUGCAACGGAGGCAAUGAAGAAAGAACUACAUGAUCUAAAGGAGACGUACACAGACGAGAACAAUUCAUAUUCGUCUCAUCACGUCUAA